AUGGGCACAGACAACGAGCCGCAGGAUGUUGAAGCCGAAGACGACGCGCGUCUGCUGGAGCCCGUGGUCAACGCGUCUGUGCGCGGCGGCCUGCUGCACGUCAAGGGCGUGUUCCCCGACCAGUCGACGGAGUUCGUGGACGUGGACCCGCGCUUCACCACCGUCGGCGACCUGAAGCGCGCGCUGUGCGAGCGCCGCGACUGCGCGACAGCUCUGGGCUUCUCCGCGCGGGAGGCGCGCGUCAUGUUCGGCGGGCAGCUGGUGGAGGACGCGUGGCUCGUCGUGGACUGCGGCAUGGGCUUCGAGGGCGCCAUCCACAUCGUCAAGGCGGCGGCCGUGGGCGGCAGCUUCCUGGGCCGCGCGCCCGGCGGCCUCUUCGACGGCCGGAAUACGCAGCGCGCGGACCCGAAGCUGUCCAUCUCGUCCAUUACGUCCGUGUACGCGGUGCAGCAGGAGCAGCCACUGACGGUGGAGCAGCUGAGCACUACUGGCAAUGGCCAAGUCAUGAACCAGCUGGCCACCUUCAACCAGUCGCUGUCACUUACCACUGUCCCGUCGACGAGAGGAGACUUGUUCUCGCGCCACGUGCGCCCCGAGGAGGCGUCCUUUGCCGAGAUGGCGGCCGACUUCUACGAGAACUUGGAGCGCGUGCAGGACUCGGACUUGUACUGCGAGAAGCUGCUGAGCGGAUACAUUGACGUGCUGCAGACGAGGCUGGAGAAGCUCGAGGCGUCGCUGGCGAGCAGCAGCAAGGCCCGUGGAGCGCCGACCAUGGCCCAGCAGCGGCUACAGAACGACAUUAAGGAGCUGCGGGACGAACGCAACACAUGGAGGUUGUUGUUUGAGCUGCGUCAGGUGUGCCACGCCAGCAAGGACAUGGCGGACGGAGAGGACAGCUUGAUGAUGCUAGGUGCAGAGGCUGAGGAACUGCGCUUUGAGAUGCUGGAGGAUGACGCCGUGCGUCUGCUGGAGACGCGCAAUGAGACGUACAAGAUCCAGAGAGCGGUGAAGGCGUGGCUGGAGAGUAUGGCGCUGGAGAGCUCGAUUAGUAUCAGCGACAAGCGCGGCGCCACUGGAUCGCGCACGUUGAGAAUGAUGAAGAAGCAGGUUUUCCCAGGUGAAGAGGUCCGCAUGGACCCUGACGCAGUGGUGCGCGACGGAGACGACCACAUUUUGCCCGAUGACAUGGAGGAUGAAGCGGAGUUGAUGAAGGCUUUGUGGCUGUACGUGCGUGCUGGGCGAAUGGACGAUGCCAUCGAUUUGUGCAUCCGUUUAGGUCAGUCGUGGCGAGCUGCCAGUCUUUCGGGAGGCAACCCUGUCGGUGCCAGCGAGAGCAACGAACGCGAGGAUAUGGCGAUGGAACGGUGGGGGAACCCUUUCCGGGCACUUUGGAAAUCAAUGUGCUGGCGCUUGUCGGAGCAGGCUGUGAAUGGAAAGCUGUCCAAGAGCAACAGCUUGCUUGCGAAGAAGUAUGAGGAGCUUAUUUAUGCGGCCUUGAGCGGUAACAUCCAGGUCAUUACGAAGAGCUCGCUGUGCGAGAACUGGGAGGAUCACUGCUGGGCCUAUCUACAGGGUAUUACGGAGCAGCAGCUCGAUGAGAUUAUGUCCAAGCUGCUGAAGGUAAAGUCGCAGUCAUCGCAGCUGAUUGUAGGCAACAAUGCCCACUAUCUGCGUCAUUACUCGAGUUUGCUGGACAAGACGAAGUACCUCAAGCGGUAUCAGGUGGAUCUGGACACUCUUUUCGAUGAGCUGCGGGAUAGCCAGAGUGAGCUCGUCCGAAUGCAGGCAAACCAGCCCCACCGCCAGAUCCAAGCCAAGCUGGUGACCGCUAAGUUUCAGUACAUCGUGUCAAGCAUUUUGGACACGCUGCUAUUCAACCCGGAGGACGACUCGUACAAUUGGGAUAUGCAGCUGAACUCGACGGUGCAGUCAGACGAUACUUCUGCGCUGUUCUUGCGCUUUGCUGCUCACUUCAUUAUGUUCGCCAACUUCACUGGCGAAAACUUCGAUGAGCAGGCGGGUCACAUGAUUCUGAAGUUAUACAUCCGGCACUUGGUGAAGCACCGUCAGUUGCAGUUCGUGCCGAUUUACGCCUCUCGGCUUCCCACUGCCGGUGCGAUCGAGAUCUAUGUCCAGAUGCUGUCAACUGUGGAAGACAAAUUGGAGCGCGAGCUGUGUGUUAAGCGGAUUCUCGAGUACGCUGGCAUGGAUGUCUUGUCGACGGUGUUGCAGUCUGUGGUCGAGCGUUUGUGCGAAGAGUACCGGUUGGUGGCGCAAGAUCAGCAGCAGAAGAAGGGUCAGCCGGUGUCAUCUGAUGUGCCCACGACGGAGAUCGACAGGAAACGUAUCCGGACAAUCGAGUUCUUGUGCUUCUACACUGAGCAUCGGGCGGAAGCGGUGGUCCGCGCAAAUCUGCUUACGCGGCAAUUCCUCAUGGAGGGCAAGUAUGCUGCUGUAAAGGAGCUUGUCGAGGACAGCUUGCCGGAAGACUCGAUCGGCGUUCUUGACUUGAAUCGUGGCGCUCAGUUGCUACGCGAGGACGACGAGAUUGAGCGAGCCAUGCGCGAAUUCCUCUGCUGGCGCGCAUACAUCCAGGCGGGUGCUCAGUACGACCUGUGGAGAAACUGCAUCAACAAUCCUGGCGCAGAGGCUCUCUCGCUGUACAGCGAGGAGAAGGAUUAUCUAACCGACUUGAUGUUCCACGUGUCGCGGUCGGCUGCGGCCACAUUGGAGGUGCUGCACUUCGAAAAUGGAUGGCUUAUGGGCUGUUCUAAUGACGCUACAGAGGAUGCCGCGAUCCGGGAGCGGUGCUUGCCGACGCUGGUGUUCAACCUGCACUUUAUUCAGCUCGAGUCGGCCAAGACCAUCAUGCGCCUGAAUCACUACCCGGAGGACGCCAAGGCGGAGCUUGCACGGCCGCUGCUUGAGAAGUCAAUCGAGGUCGCGGAUGUUGUGGCCGACGAGCACUACGGGGUGUAUCACGCGCUGGACCAGGACCAAUGCCGGGACCUGCUGCAUGGAUUCCGCGAGAGUGCUGUCUCGCUGGCGUUCGUUGAAAGUAUGCCGACGCCAGUGAUUUCGCCCGAUACCGACCAAGAAUAA